UAAACGUAUUUCGUAAAUUGUAAAACAUGCAACCAGCCGCGUAACGACGGUGGUUGUGUACGGAAGCGAAAGGUCUUAGCAACAUCUUUAAACACCAUGAAUAUUCUAUUUUCCUACUUUUAAUUUCACAUCGACUCGAUUUCUGCAUGAGAUUCAACCACAAUGAAGUAAACUGCAGAACAAAAUCAAUUGGAAAUGACCCUGAAUUGGCGGCAGGAUGAAUACUUCGAGUCGCUGCUCGCGCAGCCGGAGGACCCGGAGGCGCACAGGGCGCUGGAACUGCUGGUGGAUGACAUCCACAAAGACAAGGAGAAAACUAUCAAUGCCUUCAUCUCUCAUUAUGGAUCUGAAGACUUUCUCUGGGGUAUUGUCCGGCUACUUGCUGAAAAGAAUGCAAGAGUUGCCGGGAAUGCUGCCUAUAUCUUCGGAACCUUGGCGGAGCAUGAUGUAGGUCAAGUUCGUGUGAUGUCACUCAUCAAUGGCUCCUCCCCUCAUAACAUACUGACCGAUCUUACCGAUAUGCUCUCAUACGAUGAUACAGAAUGUGUUAUGAAUGCUGCGGGAACCAUGGGCACAUUGGCUGAGAGUAAGUCUGGUAGAGAUUGGAUGCUGGGUGAAUCAUGCUUAGAUGAUCUACUGAGAAAAGUUACCGGUCUUCUCUCCUCUUCUAAUAUGUGGACUGCUAGCAAUGCUGCACUUGUUCUAGCCAGGUUCUCGAUAUCGGAGGAGGGAUGUCAGCGAAUCUUGAAUCACUACAGCUCUCUUCAAAUCCUGACCAAGCUUGUAGAAUCGCUUGGAAUGGAUGAAGCCGGGAGGGGGAUGAAUGCAGCGUUUGCUAUCGGCCGUCUGUGCGACAUUGACGAUGGAAGGCUGAGAUUACUUAAUCACAGAGAUUCUGAAAAAAUGCUGGAGAGCUUGUGUUGCAUGCUGACCAGUAAAGACUCUGGAUGCGGCAAGAACGCUUGUUACGCUCUAAGCUGCCUGGCAAGCAGCGACCAAGGACACAAGCGACUGUUGCUGCACAAGAACUCUGACCUGAUGCUACACCUCCUGGCCCAGCAGCUCAGCAAUGAGGAUGGAGAGACAGCAUGGUUUGCUGCUAUGACUCUUCGAACAUUAGCUGGAAAGAGACAGGGCGUCCUCAGGCUUAGAGACCAUACUGAUGUUGUACCACUCCUGAAGCAAAUAUCCUUGAAGCCUAGUCUGAACCCUGACCUCUUGGAAGAAGUCGACCUGACCCUUGAACUCCUGAAGCACCUUGCCAGACCCGAAGCUCCAGGGUUAGAGGUCAAAGGUCCCCACGAGAUAGAGGUCACCUGGCCAGUCGUCGAGCUGAAGAGUGGAUUACCUGUGACAUACACCCUCUUCUGCGAAGGUAAGCAGGUGUACCACGGUCCGGAGACUGUGCAGCUUAUCUCUGGUCUGAGACCAUUCACCAAGUACACCUUCAAGCUACAGUUACAUACUGAGGGUGAUGACAGUCCACAUAGCAACGACUCUACGGCCAAGACGCAAGAUGCAGCCCCCGAUGCUCCGGAAGCAUUGCGUGUCUUAGGAAUCACCACCUCACAGAUCAGGCUAGGAUGGGCCCCGCCUCAGUACAGCAAUGGUGGUCUCAAGGGAUAUGUGGUUUACAAUGGCAAGCACCAGGUUGAAACCACCUCGGAACUCAACUCCAUCAUCAGUGGUCUUGCACCAAAGACUACCUAUGAGAUCUAUGUAUGUGCAUAUAAUCAUAAAGGAAAAGGACCAAAAUCUUCAAUUUCAGCAACAACAGAAGAACUUGGCAAGCAUGCGCCUAGCAAACCAACGCUGACGGCGCGUGGGCGGAGCCAAAUUCACGUGACUUGGGCCCCGCCUGAUUUUCCUUUGGGGAGGAUAUACCGAUUUGAAGUCACCAUGAAUGGUAAGGUGGUCUAUUCUGGACGGGAUCUGAGCUUCACCGUUAAACAACUCACCCCAAAUACAGAGUAUACCUUCACGGUGAUUGCUGUGACCAGUGAAGGCAAAUGUGAGAGUGAUCCAGUGAAGAAGAAAACAGGAAAAGAUGAAUAUAAUGUCCAGUCUACAGCACCAGUUUUCUUCUCUCAUCCAACGAAAACAAACUUGGAAACAAAGCCGAGCAGUAAACCAAGAGAAAGAUCCAAUCCUCGUUCUCCUUCCAGGCACAGCAAGAAGAGAGACCAUCAUUCCAAACCAGGGAGUUCCCCAGCAAGUUUUGAUACAUCAGUCUCCAGGCCUAUGUCAGCUGCAUCCAGCUCAUGGAGUGGGAACCAUAAAAAGAGGUCAUCUAGAGCUCGAAGUGCACGCAAACAGAGGGAAUCACAGCAGUCGAGCACGGAGGAUGCCCGCAAGAACCGUCACAUUGCUGCCCUGAAGCAACUGGAGAGAGGUCAGAAGUCAUCUACAGGAGAAGAUUCCUCAGAGUGGUCUGAGGACGACAGAUGGAAGGCGCAAACAGGCCAGCAGGUCAGCGGUUCAAACCACACCACGGUCAAUCCAAGCAGGCACAGAGACACAAAAGAUGACCCAGAAUUCUUGAGUGUCACCGUAUCAUACAAGGAUUUCACUGAUGAUGAUGUGCUUCAGAGAGUGGAGGGCGGUAAUGAGAAAUCUACUUCGGCAGAAUCAAACGAGACAAGGAGACGACAUAAGAUGUCACGGAAGGACGUUACGUUUGAUGAGACGGUGCAUUCUAGGGACAGGAGGAAGCAGCAGCAGCAUGCUGUUGGUGCACAUGGAGAAGGUUUGCCCGGUGAAGGAAUUCUAGAGCACUUCCCUGCGGACAGCGUAGACAGGAGGGCCUUGAUGCGUCUCUCACUGUCCAUGAAGAGACAACAAACUGCUCUAGGAGUGGAGCGGGAAGCAGGUUUGAAGUAUCCAGGAGAUGUCAUGUCAUACGUCCCUCCGCGGCCUGGUAGGAUGCACCAUGCUGCCACGCAGGAGUCGAACUCUAAGAAGCGCCAGCUGGAGUCUCUGGCCCACAGCAGCCGCUUGUCAUUCAACCCUUCUCUUGCCAUGCAAGACCUGAGAUUGCAGGAGAACUCCAAUGCCCCAAACAAUUCCCUGUCUGUUGCAGGGGAGAGCAAAGACUUCACCUUGAUGGCCAAUGGCUAUGUCGUCUACCAAGAGAAACCGAACUCUGCAGAGAAAAGGGAGCAACAACAAGAACUUCCAAGUCACAGGUCUUCUGUCCAAGAGGACAUCAAUGAUGUGGAAAAACUUCCUGACCAUCUCCCCGAGAGGUCUCCUAGAGAAGUGGGGUCGCUCAGAGGUUCAUGGAACGAUGUUGACAGGUUCGGAGUCAGUGACAGUGAUAAUGAUGACUUUGAUGAUGCUGGUAGAAUGGCCAGUGGAGCACCAAGUUUUAUUGAUGAUAACAACAACAGCAAUAGCAGCACUAGAGGAGAUAAAUCCCUGUCAGCAAUCAACAAGGGUAUCAAACGGGAUAUCUUCACCAGUAGAAACCCUCUGAAGGAACAUGCCUUGCCAUCCCGUAGCAUCUUAGCUGACCAUGGAUCAUUCUACCAGCGGACCAAUACAUUCAUAUCAAGUCAUCGGCCUACCCUGAAGAAGAAUCUAGCAAGACUAGUAGCCCCCGGUGCCUACAACAUGCCGCCCCCCUCCACCGCUCAGACAACUCUUGAUCCUGACUUCCCUAGCAGCAAGAAAUCUGGGGGCGGGGCCAAUAACUACCAGUUCAUCCCCACCCAGUUCCGCACCCAGCCCGUCAAUCUCCCCACCCCUCUCCUCCCCAGGGGUAACACGCUUGCCAGCCUACAAGACAAAAUCCUACCGGCCAAUCUUAGGCUUGCUCGCUGUUACACUAGUCCAGAAAUUGAUCGUGCCUUUGUACGGAAACUUCAGACCCUUUCACAUAUGUCUUCAUCUCAAGGUGCCAAAUCAGUAUCGUUUUGCAAUGAUUGUGGAAGAGAACCAGACCCCAGACCGGUAUCCCUCCGCUAUUCGCACAAACAGGAAUCACACGCCCUCCACGGUCCCAGAUUAAGAAGUGGUCACUCCGAGAUGAUGUCCCCUCCUGUUGCUAGGUGACACUAUAUCCACCCACCCCAUCCACAGACCACGCCCCAUUACAUAGGAGCACCACCAUCCAGGUGACCACUGUUAACAUUAUGCAAUCAGCAAAAAUUAUUCUGCCUGCCUCCCAUUAAAAAAGGAGUAAUUCCAUUAGUUUGUCUGUGGAAAUUUUGUUGUCAUAAACUUUUGUUGUAAAUUUGCAGUAUUGAACGAAUUUUAAGAAAUGAUAUCUGGGGCCUGUUUCAUAAAAUUGGUUUUAGUAACGAAUUUGCCUUAACUGUUAAAAGCUGCUGAAGUUCUUCAUUCUGAUCAGCUGAUUGUAAAUUUGUAAUUUUUUUAUUGCAACAAGUCUUUAUGAAAUUGGACUCUGAAAUACUUAUCAGGGUAUAGUAAAGUAAUAGAAAGUUGCCCCGUGGGAAAAAGUUAUUAUUUUAUACUUCAUUACCCAUAUUUCUGCUAGAUCCUCAAAAGAAAUAUAUUUGUAUACUAGAUCCUUGAAAGACAUUAUAUAUUUGUAUACUAUCAAACCCAUUGUAGCAGCCAUAUGUCUCCAGUGGUCACCAUUUGUGGAUCCCUUGGAUGGCCUUAAAAUACAAGUUUGAGACUUAAGUAUAUUUCUAGAUUAUGUUGUCAAUUUACAUUAUCAAAUACAUGUAGUAAAAUAUGAAUCCACAAACUGUUUUUGUGCUUAACCAAUCAGUUGCUUUCAUUCUUGAGUAAGUGUUUAAUGAUUUCAGUUAUUUUGAGACAAAUUCUUUGUUGAUUUUCUAUAAUUCAUAUAGAAUAGUGACUAUUAUAGUUGCAUAUCAAUGAUAUUUAAGCAUAUAUUUUGUUAUUAUCAUGGAUUUGUUAUCAGUUAGGUUCUAUAAGAAUAAGGUAUAUGUAGUAUAGCUACUCAUUUGGAGAAAGUUAUAACUUGUCUCUCAAAAAUACCAUCAUGCAUUUCAAAUCCUAUUGUAAGUCAAUUUCACCUGUCAGCUAGUGUUAUAUAGAGUUAGAAACUUUGUACCGUUAUUUUAUCAUGAAUUAGGCUCGAAUUAUAUGGUAUCCUCAUAACUUAAAACCUCAGGAAAGCCAAGUAUUAUUAACAUAAGAACGUUCCGGUUGUAGAGGCAUUUCGGUAGCUCCAAGUUAAUCCUGGUUUUCACAGGAUCUUCAAUCGUUUUGAAAAGGUUUUGCAAGAACGCAGUGCCAAAAAUGGCAAAGACAUUUUUUUUUUGCAGCAAAAUGCACCAAACAUUGGAAAUGGCUGCUUUAAGCUUCAUAAUCUUUGCAAAUUUUGCAAAACAAUUUGAUCAUGAAAUCUUUAUUACCUGUUGCCCAUCACUUCUGAGAAUUAGGUUUCGAGAGUUACAUGUAAUAGCCACUGUUAGAAGUGACAAAUAGAGAAAGAAGCUAGCAGAGGGAAGCAAGAAGGGAGAAGGGGGUUUAGGGCAAGAGAGUGUGAAUGUGUGUGUUUGUAGGGGGUAUAUAAAGGGGAGGGGGAGGGGG